AUGACCUGUUUUAUGGGCCCUCGAUUUCUGUUUUUUCUCGUGGUGACCCUUUCGCUUGUCGCGGCGAACGUGACGGCGUUGGAAGUGCACCGCCCUGCUUUUCUUGCGCGUAAGCAAUUCACAGGGUUUAAACUGCCUGUCGGUCCCCCGCAGUGGAGCGGCAAGGAUUACUGUGGGGAUGUUGUUCUUGCAAGUGGGAUGGAACUAUGUUCCAACAAGACCAGCAUCGGUAACUGGAAAGGGGCCAUCGUCUUGUCCCUGGAGAACAAAUGCAACGCCGUUGAUCAAGCUGUUGUGGCCCAGAACAACGGCGCCCUGGGCCUGCUUAUUGCAAACUCGAAGCUCCCUCUAGCUUUAGGGGGCACUGUACAGAUCCCGGUCGAGGUGUUGCCAAAGAGCGAAUGUAACGCCAUCACUGCAACUAUUAAGCAAGGAAUAUCUGUACGUGUUUCCAUUGGGCAUUCCUUAAAUGUAUUGCGCUUUGCUAUCUGA